AUGGUGGCCGCAAAGAAGACGAGAAAGUUGAUGGAGUUGAUCAACUCUAGUUUCCAACUCGUUAUGAAAACUAGAAAAUACAUAUUGGGGUACAAGCAGACUCUGAAGAUUAUCAGACAAGGCAGAGUAAAAUUGGUCAUCCUCACCAACAACUGCCCAGCUUUGAAGAAAUCUGAAAUAGAGUUGGCCAUAUUGGCCAAAGCUGGUAGCCACUGCUACAGGGGCAAUAAUGUUGAAUUAGGCACCAAGUGCUGGAAAUACUAGAGUGUGCACACGGGCUAUCAUUGACCAGGUGAUUCUGAUAUCAUCAGAGGCAUGCCAGAACAGACUGGUAAAAGUAAAUCAUGCAUUACUGUUCUUUAA